AUGGCUCCAAACGUUUCUGAUGCGCUGCUCGAUUCCGAGCUGACCUUUGCUUCUCCCCCGUUCAGCACGCUGCUGGACGCGAGGAUUCUGCGAGCUCUCGCAGACCUCAAAUUUGCGAACCCUACUCUUGUGCAGGCCAAGGCCAUUCCACUUCUUCUCGAGGGAAAGGAUGUUCUCGCGCGUGCCCGAACGGGGAGCGGCAAGACUGCUGCCUACGUUGUGCCCGCCGUCCAGCGUGUGCUUGAGCUGAAGGGCGCUACUUCGCCGGCAGAGUCAGACUACCAGGUCACUCGCGCAGUGAUUCUGGUUCCCACCCGCGAGCUGGCUAUGCAGGUGACCAACUUUGUCAAGUCUAUCUCCACCUACUGUGAGGGCCUCGUUUCCGUCGUCAACGUUGCCUCGGGUGCUACAAACGUUCAGAAGAUCCUUCUGAACGACAACCCCGACAUUGUCGUUGCUACGCCGACCAAGCUGCUGGCUCUGCUGCAGUCCAAAUCGAUUGAUCUGGCUCACCUUGCGUUCCUUGCCAUUGACGAGGCCGACCUUCUUCUCUCAUACGGCCACAAGGAUGACCUCACCCGCAUCAUGGACCCGGCCAUGGGCUUCGUUCCCAAGCUUGGUGUCCAGGGAUGCCUGAUGAGUGCUACGCUCAGCGAGGACGUCGAGGGCGUCAAGGGACUUGUGCUCAGGAACCCCGCGAUCCUGACGCUGUCCGAGCCGGCCACUGCCUCAUCUCUGCUCACGCAACACUUCACCUUCUCCUCGGAGCGUGACAAAUUCCUGCUUCUCUUCGUCCUGCUUAAGCUCAAGCUUAUCAAGGGCAAGUCGAUCAUCUUCGUUAACGACAUCGAGCGCGGAUACCGCGUCCGUCUGUUCCUCGAGCAGUUCGGUAUCAAGUGCUGCGUUGUCAACUCUGAGCUGCCCCUCGCCUCAAGAUACCACGUCGUCGAGGAGUUCAACCGCGGUGUCUACCAGGUGGUUAUUGCCACUGACGAGGCUUCCCUGGGAGACGAGGAGCCUGAGGACGAAGAGGAGGAGAGUGAGGCCGAGGAAGACGCCGAGGAAGAGCAGGAGGAGAAGAACGCGGAGGCUGGACCGUCCAAGCGCCGCGCCUCGUCUCCUGCUCCUGGAGCACCUGGUAAGAAGAAGAAGCGUAGCGCUGGUUCCAUGGCCCGCGGUAUCGACUUCACCUCUGCUUCUUCCGUCAUCAACUUUGACCUCCCCACCACCACCACUGCCUACCUCCACCGCGUUGGACGAACAGCCCGUGCCGGCCACUCUGGCCUCGCACUCUCGUUCGUUGUACCAAAGGACCAGUGGGGCAAGGACAAGAGCGUCUCCAUCAAGACGGCCGAGCGCGAUGAGCAGGUCUUUGACCGUAUCAAGUCAAAGGUCAAGGCCGAGGGAGGUGGCGAUAUCAAGGAGUGGGACUGGGGAGGACGCCGAGGAGAGAUCGAGGGCUUCCGCUACCGUAUGGAGGACGCCCUCAGGGCUGUCACCUCCAAGCGUGUGUCUGACGCCCGUCGUGAGGAGGUCCGACGAGAGCUGCUCAACAGCGAGAAGCUCAAGCAGCACUUCGCCGCGAACCCUCUCGACCUCGCGUACCUUCGUCACGACGCCCCGCUGCACCCCGGGCGUACUUCAAGCCAUCUGAAACACGUCCCCGGAUAUCUCAUGCCCAAGAUUGCGGCGCUGCCUUCCGGAUCAGGUGAUGUCACCGACGGACAGCACAUUGGCUUUGCGAAGCGGGGCGGCGGCCGAGGACGCGGUCGAGGCGGUCGCGGCCGUGGCGGGGCCCGAGGGGGCAAGGGGCGCAAGGUUGAUCCGUUGAAGUUCAAGUCAUAG